GGUGAUCAGUGUUUGUUUUAGUUGGACUCUUGGCUUUUUGUUUAAUAGUUUUUCCUUUGAUGCAUUGUGUGUAUGAAGCACGUUUCUUAUAGUAUUGUAAAGUUACUGCAACUCUGUAGUGGUUGGUAUAUAAUAGUAAAGAUCAUCAUUUAAUUAAUUUAUUUACUCAUCAAGUUUAUUUUCUGUCAAUAAUGUAAAUGAGAUCCAGGGUCGGAUUAAUACAUUCUGGGCCCCUGGGCACAAAGGCAUCAUGGGCCCCUCCCACCCCUCUUCCUAUUAACUCAACCUCAGCUAGUUAUAUAUGUAAAACUAUGUCGGUUACAAAAUUCAAUUGAUUGUUCAGUAGGCUACAGCAGCCAAUGAAAAAUGAACAGCACACCAUCUAUAAAUGUAAUUAAAUCAUACAAACCAGCAGCAAGCAUAAUAGCAUGUAAUAAUAAAUAAACAUGCCUCUUACCUUAGAAGACCGGCCUCUUUCUUGAUUUCUUCCUUGACAAUUCAGUCCCCAUGUUAUGAUCAAAGUCAUUAUUUAGGGAACGUGUCCUACCCCCUGCAACCUCCCGUGUUGAAGCUGGAUAUUUGGCUGCUCGGUUUUGGAAGACAGACACCCCGCUUUCAAUUAACGCUGUCAGAAAACACUCAUCCAUCGUGCCCCACAAAGACGGGUCAUUCAUUUUUCCAAGGGCUGUGCUUGAGCUGGUGGCACUAACCUCUGGGACAGUGUCACAUGUAGCAGUGCUUGCUCUAGGUGGUGGUGAGAGAGUCUCCGGUAGCGAGAGAUUCUCCGGCAGCUCAGGCUCGCAAGCGGGACUGGUGGUCUCACAAUCAGCCUCAUUGCUAACAUUAGCAACAGGUGCCACCUCUAACAAGCAACUAGCAACCUCCUUUUUUAAAAAAGCUGUCGAUUGCACACUUUGUAAAAAGAGAUGCUCCUCUCGUGUCUUUCUAUUUUUUUUGCUUUCGAUUAAUUUAUCUGCUAGAAGUGCGUCGAUCCAUUCUUUUUUCUGAUUUUGCAGUCUAGCUACGUUUUUUCUUAAUUUUAUCAAAAACUGACAUAAACCCGCCCUCCCUUACUAUUGUACCAAUCGUAAAGGGCAUGUCUUCUGGUAGAAAAUAUUCACACUAUUUAAUUGGUCAGUGUGUAAACAUUGGACAGUUGACUUGCUAAUUUUAAUUUAUUUCAGUGGCAUAAAUGCACAUUACAUUAAAAUAUGUUUUUUUUACAAAAUGUGUUUUUUGUAUUUGAUGUCAUUGUGCAAAAAAAAAAAAAUGCACGUUACAUGACAUGUCGUUGGGGGCCCCCUGGUGGCCGGAGGCCCGGGGCAACUGCCCCAGUGAGAUACAGUGAGGAAAAUAAGUAUUUGAACACCCUACUAUUUUGCAAGUUCUCCCACUUAGAAAUCAUGGAGGGGUCUGAAAAUGUCAUCGUAGGUGCAUGUCCACUGUGAGAGACAUAAUCUAAAAAAAAAAUCCGGAAAUCACAAUAUUUGAUUUUUUUAACUAUUUAUUUGUAUGAUAAAGCUGGAAAUAAGUAUUUGAGCACCUGCCUAUCAGCUAGAUUCUGACCCUCAAAGACCUGUUAGUCUGCCUUUAAAAUGUCCACCUUCACUCCAUUUAUUAUCCUAAAUUAGAUGCAUCUGUUUGAGGUCGUUAGCUGCAUAAAGACACCUGUCCACCCCAUACAAUCAUUAGAUAUGAUCAUAAUAGGCGUGACACCUCCGACUGCAAUUACAUACAAAUAGUUAUGAGGAGAAUCAAUGAAGGUAUACUGCUCGUUACUGAAAAAAGCUAAUUACUAAAUGAUGUACAAAUCAAGUGUACAGUGGUAAAUUUUUGUCAAAUUUUGUAAAAAGGAGGUUUAAAGGAAUUCCUUAAAAAGUUUUCUCCCACACAUCAUUAUGACAUCAGAAAAAAAUAGACCACACUCUGACAUUUUUCUAACCAUCAUGCAUCUUGCAGUGAUUACUGGUGUGUGUAUGUGUGGGUUAUUUCUAAACUAGCUUGUUUAUGUAGAAGGAUUUUUAUGUGUAGUUUUCUUCGACUGUCAGAAAGAUGUCUGGAGAUCAUUCAGAGAGUUUUCAUGGUCUUGCAUUGCUGUGUCGUGGUCGGCCAUUUUGCUGUUAUUUAGGAGAAAUGAUGAGUGUUGAGACAUUGUUUGGGUGGAGAAGAUUUUAGGCAACCCUAAACUGAUAAAUGCUAUUGCACAAAACUAACAUGCACCAAUAGCAAUUCUUUGCUUAAUCAUACUUCAGUUACUCCAUUCAAGUUACUCAAUAAUCAGCUCUAGAGGCAAAGAUUAUAUCUUAAAAUAAAAUAAGGAAGAAAAAAUGAAUGAUAAAAGCACUACCACUUUUAGUUAAUAUUGCACUCAGGGAAAGGUGCAGGUAUACCGACAUAAUGGAUGUGCUUGCAGUGUCGUUGGCUGCGGUUAUUAUUAACUUUCCUUUGCUAACAUUAUGUGAACCACUAUACGUUCUCUUAGCUCCUAAUUUGCUGAGGGUGGGUUCCCCAGAGAACGUGCUUGUGGAUGCUCAGGAUUAUUCUGGAGAAGACCUGAACGUGAGGAUUGUGGUCAAGAACCAUCCACGGCAAAACCUUGAGUUAGUGUCCAAAUCGGUCAAACUGACAAAGGACAAUGAUUUCCAACUCCUUACAGACAUUAAGAUUCCCACUGAUAAAAGCGUCUUCUCUGAUGAUCCUCUGGAGAAGCAGUAUGUGGUUCUGCAGGCUCAUUUUCCAGGCAACGUUCUAGACAAAGUAGUCAGGGUGUCAUUCCAGUCUGGAUAUAUAUUUGUACAAACAGACAAACCCAUAUAUACACCUGCCACUACAGUUAAUUUCAGGAUCUUCUCCUUAACUCCUGAUCAGCACCCACUUGAUGGCACUUCUAUCACAGUUAACAUAAUGAAUCCUCAAGGCAUCACCAUUGAAAGUUCUUCAUUCUUUCCAACUGGAGGAAUGAAGAGUGGUUCUUAUCCUUUACCUGAAAUCACCAACUAUGGGCUUUGGAAGUUAGUAGCAAAAUACACGGACACCCCACAAAAAAACUUCACUACAGAAUUUGAAGUGAUGGAGUAUGUGCUACCGACCUUUGAAGUGACUUUAAACCCAAGCAAAUCAUUCUUCUAUGUGAACGAGGACAGCCUGACAGUCGAUAUAGCAGCUAAGUAUCUGUUUGGCCAAAAGUUGACAGGAAGUGCAUUUAUGAUAUUUGGCAUCGUAGACGAUGAACGCAAGUUGAGCAUCGCUGACUCACUGCAGAGGGUUCCGAUUUCUAAUGGAGAAGGAAGGGGCGAACUGACGAGACAAAUGAUUCAGGGCACCUUCCCAAACAUCGAGCAACUGAUCGGGAAAUCCAUCUACAUUACAGUCACCGUUUUAACAGAAACUGGCAGUGAAAUGGUAGAAGCACACAGGAGAGGCAUUCAGAUUGUGACAUCACCAUACACCAUCCACUUCAAGAGAACACCUCAGUUCUUCAAACCAGGGAUGUCUUUUGAUGUCUCGGUGUACGUGACAAAUCCUGACCAGACACCUGCUGUAAGUGUGGAAGUGGAAGUCAAUCCUGGAGGGGUCAGAGGUCGAACAAAAGCCAAUGGCAUUGCAAAGGUCACCAUCAACUCUCAAGGAGAUUCUUCGAAGCUGGUUAUCACCGCGAAGACCAAUGACAGACAAUUAGAAGAUAAGCAGCAGGCGGUGAAGACGAUGACGGCUCACGCUUACAAACCCAAAGGUGGCUCCAACAAUUACCUGCAUGUUGGCAUUGAUGCCGCAGAGCUGGAGAUCGGUGAUCAGAUGAAGGUUAAUCUGAAUCUAGGGAAGAGUGCAGAAGUCCAAAAUCAGGAUUUCACAUACAUGAUCCAAAGUAAAGGGCAGAUUGUGAAUGCAGGAAGGUUUAAGAGAACAGGGCAGUCUCUAGUGACUCUGUCUCUACCUGUAACCAAAGACAUGUUGCCGUCCUUUCGCUUCGUGGCUUAUUAUCAUGUGGGCUCAUCUGAGGUGGUCUCUGAUUCAGUCUGGGUUGAUGUGAAAGACACUUGCAUGGGAAAGCUGAAAAUUGAGGUGAAGGACCAGGAACAAUAUGGCCCAGGUGACGCCAUCAGCCUGAAAAUAUCAGGAGAUCCUGGAGCUAAAGUUGGCCUGGUGGCUGUAGACAAGGGUGUGUACGUCCUUAAUAACAAGCACAGACUCACUCAGACCAAGAUCUGGGACAUUAUUGAGAAACACGACACUGGUUGUACAGCAGGCAGUGGUAGAGACAGUAUGGGGGUUUUCUAUGAUGCUGGUUUGAUGUUUGAGUCCAACACUGCUGGAGGAACCAGCAUCAGAACAAUAAAUGAGUGCGUUGCACCAUCUGAAAGAAGACGAAGAGGACUGACUAUUCAGGAAUUACAAAGGAAUCUAACUGCUAAAUACUUUCACUCGUCUGAUCUGUUGAAAUGCUGUUUGGAUGGAAUGUAUCGGGAUAAUUAUCAGCUAGGAUACACCUGUGAGCGGCGAGCCACCUUCAUCCUCGAUGGAUAUGAAUGUGUCAACUCCUUUCUGGACUGCUGCAGGGAAUACGAAUUGCAUAACAAAUUCCUAGAUCCAAACGAAGAACAACUCCUGGCACGCAGCGAGGAAGACGAGUUUGAUGAAAACCAAGAAGACAUUUUGGUCCGUACACAGUUUCCUGAAAGCUGGCUUUGGGAGGAGAUCAAACUACCAGCCUGUCCACCAAACCAGAUCUGCUAUGAAACUCCUUUUGUGAGAAAUGGGCUUUACCUAAAAGACUCCAUCACCACUUGGCAGAUCACAGCCAUCAGCAUGUCCAGAGCUAAUGGUAUAUGCGUGGCAGAUCCUUAUGAGAUCACUGUCAAGAAAAUCUUCUUUAUUGAUCUGAGAAUGCCUUAUUCAGCUGUGCAGAACGAACAACUGGAAAUUAAAGCUAUCGUUCACAAUUAUAGUAAUAAAAAACUAAAGCAGGUUCAUUUGACAUUUCAGACAUCUGAUGGUAUUUGCAGCAGUGCCAGUAAAAAACGCAAAAACAGGGUAACGGUUGCUAUCAACUCCAUGUCUUCUAAAGCUGUCUCAUUCGUGAUCAUUCCUAUGGAGCGAGAGAAUCAGUGGAUUGAAGUGAAGGCGUGGUGCUCUUAUUAUGAUGAUGGAAUCAGGAAGAACCUGAGGGUUGUGUCUGAAGGUGUUCUUACUGAAGUCGAGGAGAAAGUUGUGGACCUUAACCCGUCAAAGUAUCAAGAUGGCCUGCAGAAGGUUGCCAUGAGGAGUGGCAUCCCAAAUCGAAGAGUCCCAUACACACCCGCAUCCACGUUCAUCACAGUACGAGGUGAGGAGAUCAGUCAAACGAUUGAACAGGCCAUCAGUGGAAAUUUCAUGGGACAGCUUAUUGUCCAGCCCAAUGGGUGUGGAGAGCAAAACAUGAUAUUCAUGACUCUACCUGUUAUCGCCACUCAUUACCUGGAUAGCACCAAUCAGUGGGAGACUGUCGGCAUGGAGCGCCGUAAAGAAUCCAUUAACCAUAUCAACAAAGGUUAUCAGACAGAGCUGACCUUUCGGAAACCUGACGGCUCCUAUGCUGCCUGGACGCACAAUCCCAGCAGCACAUGGCUCACUGCAUACGUGGCUAAAGUCUUUGCAAUGGCCAAUGACUUGAUUGAGAUACAGGAGAAUGUUAUCUGCAGCGCCCUCAGAUGGUUAAUCACUAAACAGCAGGCAGAUGGCACUUUUACCGAGACUGGCCCAAUAUACCAAAGCGAGAUGACUGGUAACGUACAAGGUAGAGACUCGGAUGCCUCUCUGACUGCGUUUGUCCUUAUCGCAAUGCAAGAGGGCAGCAGGAUUUGUGCUCAAUCUGUCCACAAUCUUAAAGGCAGUAUGGACCAAGCCAUUCAGUACCUGACGCUCAGACUUUACAGUCUGACCAAUCGUUACGCUGUCGCCAUGACCUCUUACGCUUUGGCUAACGUUGGCAAGCUCAAUAUAGACGUCUUGAUGAGAUACUCCAGCAAAAACAAAGACGGAAGGUUAUGGCAAGUUCCCGGGCAGCGCUAUCACUCCCUUGAGGCCACAGGCUAUGCUGCGCUCGCCCUGGUGAAGGCCAAGGAUUUUGAGAAAGCAGGUCAGGCUGUGCGCUGGCUAGCGAAGCAGCAAACCCGCUACGGAGGUUACGGCACAACACAGGCAACAAUCAUGGUGUUUCAGGCUGUGGCUGAGUACCGAAUUCAGAUAAAGAAAAAGACAGAUUUUAAUUUAAACCUGGACCUUUCUAUAGAAGAGAGGAAAAGUCAAGUCAGCUGGACUUUACAAAAUUUCCGCACUACACGCUCGGAAAAGUUUGAUAUCACCAGGAGCUUCAACAUGACGGUUCAAGGAAAGGGAGUGGCCACUCUCUCUGUGUUUUCUCUGUAUUACGCUUUACCGGAAGAGAAUGAAAACGACUGUAAAGUCUUCGAUCUCAGCGUGAAGAUGGAGAAAGAGCUGUUAGUUUCUUAUCCAGGGGCCACAGAAAGUUACAAGUUUACCCUUGAAUACAUUUUUAAGGAUGCUGAACGAGAUUCUACCAUGAGCAUUUUUGAUAUCGGCCUGCUUACGGGGUUUAAGGUGGAUGAACACGAUCUUAAAAAGUUGUAUAGUAGGAAAGAUAAAUACAUUCAGAACUUUGAGUUGGACAAAGAGCUUUCAGAAAGAGGAUCUCUGAUCAUAUACAUAGAUAAGAUAUCUCGUAAAGAGAGGGAAAUGAUUGCUUUCAGAAUCCAUAAGAUGAAUGAAGUGGGCAUGUUGCAGCCCGCUGGAGUCACUCUUUAUGAAUACAACUCUCCAGAUAAGCGCUGUGUGAAGUUUUACCAUCCUCAGAAGAAAGACGGAUCUCUGAAUCGACUCUGCAGCGAGUCGUUGUGCCAGUGUGCAGAAGAGAACUGCAGUCUGCAAAAGAGAGGAAAUAUUGACAUUAAGGCAAAGCGUGAAGAACAGGCCUGUGUGCCUGAAAUUGAGUACGUUUAUAAAACCAGGGUGGAGGCUGUUGACUUUUCAGUGUACGCAGACAUCUAUAACAUGACCAUUGAAGAAGUACUGAAGGAAGGCACUGAUCCGGUUGUAACAGGCAGCAUGAGAUCUUUCCUGGCUCACCCUCACUGCAGAGAGUUUCUGAAUUUCAAAAAGGGCAAGACCUACCUGCUCAUGGGCCAAACCAAAACUCUUCCCAAAAUUGGUGGAAGAUUGAGGUAUCAUCUGGGUGAGGACACCUGGAUUGAAUACUGGCCAACAGCUGCGGAGGGGCAGACGGAAACAUACAAAGACAAGUACAACGACAUCACCACACUCGCCAAGAAGCUCACCUUGGUUGGAUGCACCACUUAAAUAUAUUCAUUAGCUGAAAUUUAGUCAUCGCUGAUGGCUUUGAAUGCUGCGAGGUGCCAACUUUGCUUUUAAUUCCAAUGUAUUUACAGCUUUUCAAAUAUUCGCUUUAUGCAAUAUGUUUAACCCAAGACUGCUUAAUAUAUAACGUAAGUCAAAUAAAAAUGCCAAAUGCAAA